AUGUUCUUGCACGCCACUGCGGUUGAAAAAUACCCUCAAACUAGGGGUCUCCUGUCUUUGAACGUCACAUGCUCACUAUCCACCGCAGUCCUCACGAACAGGCAAUACGGCGUUGCCACGAUCUGGCUCGUCGCAACACUCGGCAGCAAGUCCAGCCUGAAGAAGAUCACGCGUCGCGCGAUCCUCGACGUCGAUUUGCCCAAGGCAUGCCAGACUAUCACGGAGCCAGAGGCACCGCUCGCGUUGCGGUUGCAGGGGAGUCUAUUGUAUGGCGUUUCACGCGUCUAUUCUCAGCAGUGCGGGUAUAUUCUUACCGAUGUCACGAAUCUGUGGGACAAGAUGCGUGGGACGGCGGUUACUCUGCGGCAGAUGGAUUUGGAUUUGGAGGUUGCGAAUACCAGGCCAGAACAACUCAAUCUUGCAGAAGAUCCUGCAUUCAUUCCUGACCUCGAUAUGAACUUCGACCUUACGGCCUUUGGCUUCUCAUCCGAUGACUCGAGCAUGGCCAGUUUCUUGUCCCCCAGAACAGCUGCGAGUAGUCAGUCGAGUAUGUUUCCCGGAGAAGAUCAAAAUCAGGAGGAGGAAGGAGAGGGAGAAGAAGGGCUCGACCUUGUCGUGCCACCUUACCAUACUCCUGGAGAUGGCGAGAUCGGGCGCUUCCAAAUGUUUCCUGGUGCGGGCACGAGCUCAGCUGUCCAAACGGGUCCAGUGGCCUUGUCGUUCGAUGAUGAGCCCAUUGAGGACGACGGCCUUAUCUUCGACGUUGAUGAUAACGGCGUGCUACGAACGGUUGCUAGUGGCGGGUAUCAAUUGAAUGAACAUCCAGAAGUAUCAGGAGCGGAUCAUGUUCAAGACCGAGCAAAUGUCCAUGGUGAGCUUGCUAAUGAUCCCUUGGGAGCCGCAGUCGUAGCCAGCAGCGCUCGAGGAUAUGUUGCCCCCGAAGAUGAUGGUCUUCUCUGGGGUGAUGACGAAGAGAAUGUGCAUGCCGACGCUAGCGAUGCUGUGUCCCGUCAAUCGAAUGUCACUCCGACUGGAUCAGUCAACAACCCAGAUCCGUCAUUCCAGCCAUCUGAUGGACCUUCAAUCACAGCAGCAGCAGCAGCAGCAGCACCACAACAGCGGGCACGUCGUAUCAAGUCUCUUCAGCCUGAUCAAUUCACCGAGCUGAGCAACAAAGACCUAAAGGACUGGAAUGAGAAUUACCUCGUCAAUAUGCAAGCUGCACUGCGCAUCAAGCAACAGCAAGUCUCAUUGGGUGACGCCAGGAAAUAUGCUGGACUCUGGAGUGUCGGGCAAGGUUUGGGAAGAGUGGCUUUUGCCUUUGCCAAUGAUAACACGCCACACCCGCUCGCGAUCUUCAGCGGAGACUCUCUGUGGGAGAUGCUUCGUGGUAUUGAGCCGAAAACCCAAAGUCGCACAAAAAGGUCUCAUAGUCAGUCUGAAGGGACAGACCAGUCUGAGGCAGGCAGUAGGAGAGUCAGAGCGAGGACUCCGCCGCCAGGAGAUGUGGGUCACGGCUUCUUGGAAGACGACGGCCAUAUUAUUUUUGACGACGGUGACAACGGAGAAAUCAACCCUUCAGGCGACGAUGAUUUCAACAUCGAAAGUCAGGUCGGACGAUAUGCACCGCCCUCGCUACAAGACUACUCAUCUGGAAUGCCUUGGAACGUCUCGGCAUCGCGACAAAGCUCUGCCCAAGCACUCGGAAGCGGAGUGAUAGCGAGAUUGAGCUCCAGCGUCGGAACAGGAGGUGGAAUCCCAGGUGGGAUGGACCUAGCACCAUUGGGCCCGCCAUCUUCCGCUCUGGGAAGGCGUGGAUCACGUCUCACGUCUGCGAGUCCACUUCUGGGCAGAGGGCUUUCCAGGUUAGGGAGUGAAGACUUGAUUGAUCCAUCGCGACUGACCAUUGACACUGGAGAUGACUUUGCCGAACUCGACCAGCAGCUCGGAGCCGAUAUUGAUGUGGACUUUGAGCUAUAUGGACCGUCGGCGAUUGUGGAUACACAGCUCGCGCAGCAGAGUCAAUGGGUCACGGCGACACUGGAGAAUGAAGCAUACAAUUUCCUCAGCUUUGUGCAGGCGCAUCUGCGGAACGAGGUCGGAGUGAACGGUAGCGAGCAGGGAGGAGAGGAAGAACAAGAUGAGAACGGUGCACGACGUGGUGUUGUCACCUUCAGUGGACUCCUCCCUGCUGAGCAGAAUUCUCGAGUCGUUGCCGCUCAGGGAAUGCUCCAUGUGUUGGCUCUGGCUACGAAGGGAUUGCUUGAUAUCUAUCAAGAAGUGGCGUUUGGGGAAAUUGAAAUGACCGUCGCAGGGGAAUAA